UGGAUGUGGCAAAACUGGACACCUUUAUUUGGGAGUAAAUCUGCUGAGCUGUGGGAGUGUGUAGGGAUGAAUAUCUACCAAACCUAUUUUGUUCUUACUACUCCUUGUAUAAGUCAGUGAAGAAACACUGAUGCGUUUUCUACUAAUCCAUGAAGAAAGGGAGCCAAUGGCUAGUAGAUUAUUUAAGAUGACUCCUUGGCAUUUUAAAGUUUGCCCAUUAAUGCGGCUUGACUUCCUUUUAAAACUCCAGCCCAGCCUUUUUCUCUUGAAGCAAAUGCCUUUCGAGCAGCUGAUUUCAGCAGCUGGGAAAUCAGCUGGAGAAAGUGUCACGUGACCUCAAGUAAACAAGAACAGAGGAUCGUUCUGCCUUUGCCGAGCAACUGAGAGAAAGCUUUCUCAAGCUGCUUUUAGCCCCUUCCCCAGUUUAUAACCCAGAGGAAGAGGUGAUCCUCCUAAAAUAGAAAGAGACUACAGCUGCCAAGAGGGCUCAGCUUUUGCUUCUUAGGGAAAGUCCUGUUGCAGCAACAUUUCUCCGGUUUAAUCAGAAGACUAAGAACCUCAUAGUGGUCAUCUGGCUUCCUAACUGAAAUUUUGAUCAACAUUUCGCUGUGUCUCUUCCUGUUGCUUACAUGGAUCCUCCUGGAUGGCUGUCAAUCUUCCUCCUCCAUAGUCUGUUUGCCACUGCUCAGCUAUGUGAAAUCCCCAGGGGCAGCACUCCUCACAUCGAGUCUUUGAACAAGGAGCUACUGAAACAAACUGAGGAUGUGUCAAAACGGCCAAACCCCAGCAUCUACCUGGGCCUUCGUCUUUCUGAUUACCACAUAGAAAAGAGGGAGAACCAGUACCUCCAGCGACUGAAGGAUGUUUUCCAGCCCAGUUCCAGCAGCAUUCCAGCUCCACCCAAUAGUCAGGAACUGCCCAAUACAGGCCAGCUGGCUCUCUACCUCUUAUCUCUACGGGCUGCAUGCCAGGAUAUGGAGACACCCUUGCAGCAGCAGCUAGUGACCCAGCUUAAGUUACACCUGCACAGAGAAAAGGAAUCUAUAGUCCUCAAGAGCAGUGGGAGGCCUCUCACUAACUACUACCAGUACGGCUUAGGGGUUUUGGCCUUGUGUGUCCACAACAAGAAGGUUGAUGUGCAUGUGAUCAACAAACUCUUGGCUGCAGAGAAGCAUGGCAGAUUUGAGCGCGGAAGCCAGCUGUUUGUUGAUACAGAGGCUGUGUCUGGCUUAGCCUUUGUCUGCUUGAAACGAGCCACCUUCUAUGUGCCUGAGCUGGUGGCAGAGCUCAGCCAAGCAGUCAUAAGAGUGAAGAAGAAGAUCUUGCAGGCUCAGACUCCUGAUGGGACUUUUGGGAACAUCUACAGCACCCCUCUGGCAAUGCAGUUUCUUAUUGCGGCGGGGGUGAGGAACAAGGAACCGGAGUGCUCCAAUGGUACAGCUGCUCUGCUUGAGAGACUGGAGAGAGGCAGCUUCCAAAACCCCCUUGUUGGCUCCCAGUUGCUGCCUGUGCUACAUGGGAAGAGCUACGUGGACAUCGCCAGCAUGGAGUGUCAAGCCGAGGAAGACAAUCUGGUAUUGGGCACUUCUGCUCCUCAGCCUGGGGCGACCUCCCAGGCUUCAAAGAUCACGGUCCACCUAACUGUGAAACGCCCACCACGCCGUCCGCCAUUGUACAAUGAAUUCAUCAGAGUCCCAGCUGGCUCCUCCUUGCUAGAUGUGCUGAAAGUUGCUGAGAAGCGGAGCGGCAAGCCCUUUUUGUUUGAGACUCAGGAGACCCUCUCUGGUCCGAUGCUCACUUCAGUGAUGGGGGUGAAGGCGGGUCAAGGAGAGCGCAAGUACUGGAAAAUUAUCCGGUUCCCACACACCACUGUGGAGCAGGGUAUUGCUGAUUACAUCCCACAAGAUGAAGAAUCCAUUAUCUUAAAAUUCACGCCUUGGUAACCCCCCCCCCCCCAAUUCCAAUGGCAUCUUCUCAGCUGGCAGCACCACCUCUGCCCCACCCACAGGGAUACAAGUUACUCUGCCGUUGAAGAGAGUUUUCUGCCUCAUCUCUGAGGCUCCUAAGCUUUUCUCUCACUUGCUUGGACACUGAUCACCAUGCACUUAGAAAGAUGUUCCUUCUGUGGACACUUAAUUCCGAUGCCACUGAUUGCUGAGACCAUGAUUGCAGUGAAAUUAAACAAGAAGCGGAUUGAUGGCAUCUACACCCCGGCUUUGCAGUUCUUAAUUUUGCAGUAAAACACUACCACUGCCCCCACCCUCAUCUGGAGUUGCGUGCACAAUCUGAAAGUGUACCCCUGGUUCUCUCACAGUGUUGAAGAAGAUGGUGAGGUAUACCUCAUGAGGUAGUGCAGAAGAUCCUGAGAAUUGUGCUUCCUAAGCUCACGCUGAUUUGUGAUUGAUGCUAAAGUAAUGCUUUCUGAAGAAGAAGAGUAGAAGAAUUUGAAUUUAUACCCAACUUUUCUCUCCUGUAAAGAGACUCAAGGCGGCUUACAAACUCCUUCCCUUCCUCUCCCCACGACAGGCACCUUGUGAAGCCAG